AUGCUUGCUUUUGCCAAGCAGACGGGCUUUGAAGGGUCCGACGCCGACUGGGAAGAAGAGUUCCAAUCCCUGUGUCAGGAGUUAGGAAUCAAUGGAGUCGACCUGACUACAUUUGGCCAGCUGGUGGAUGAUCGUUCCGAGCGAGGCUGCUAUUGCACCAAAGAAGAUCUCCAAAGCAUCAUCAGGUCGAGGUCACCUCCGGAGACUCACGCAACCAACGGGGCGAUCACAGCACCAAAAUCCGUCCUUCUACGACAGCAAUACCGGAUGCAUCCCAGCAUGAAUAGCUUCCCAUCUAAGCAGUUCUAUGAUGGCAAGGUCUUCAGUGACAAGUCGACGAUUUUUAGACCUGCAGGAUUACUUGCACAUGGCUCCGGUGCACGUUGCCCAGUGCUGUUUUGGAGCUCCCCUGCCUCAUUCCAGGAAGAG